CUCUUAACAUAACUCAAGAGAAUUAGCCCUGAACACUUACUUGUGUUUUUAGAUCAUUUAUUACAUAAGACACAGACAGUAUGUUUCCUCUUUAAAUAGUCUGUAUCGCACUAAUUCAUUCAUUCACAUGGAAAACAAGACUUAAAGCAACAGUUGACCCAAAAAUCAAACUUCUGUCUUCAUUUUCCAAACCGUUAUGACUUUACUGUCUAAUCAUGUUAUGCACUAUUGACUUUCAUAGCAUCUUGUUGUUGUUGUUGUUUUUUCACACAAUGAAAGUGAAUGGUGACUGUUCAAUGAAAGAAUGGCGCUGAAUAAAUCCAUGCAUCCUCGAAACCGUUAUAAGGAUAAACCUCCAGACUUUGUGUAUCUGGCCUCUAAAUACCCAGAAUUCCAGAAGCACGUGCAGACCACACUGACCGGCAGAGUGACGCUCAACUUUAAGGACCCCGAGGCUGUUCGGGCUCUCACAUGCACCCUGCUGAAAGAGGAUUUUGGCCUAACCAUCGAGAUCCCCCUGGAACGGCUCAUCUCCACCGUGCCGCUCCGCCUUAACUACAUCCACUGGGUGGAGGACCUGACUGGGGGGCAGGGGAACCCGCGGAGGGGCAUCGACAUCGGUACUGGUGCUUCCUGUAUUUACCCCUUGCUGGGAGCCACUAUGAAUGGCUGGUUCUUCCUCGCCACAGAAGUGGAUGACAUCUGCUUUAAUUAUGCAAAGAAGAACGUUGAGCAAAACCACCUGGCAGAGCUCAUUAAAGUGGUAAAGGUGCCCCAGAAGACUCUGCUGAUGGAUGCGCUAAAGGAACAGUCCAUUGUUUACGAUUUCUGCAUGUGCAAUCCUCCUUUCUUUGCCAACCAGUUAGAAGCAAAGGGGGUGAAUUCGAGGAACUCUCGCAGGCCUCCACCCAGCUCCAUCAACACCGGGGGGGUCACUGAGAUCAUGGCUGAGGGUGGGGAACUGGAGUUCGUGAAAAGGAUCAUCCAUGACAGCCUGCAACUAAAGAAGAGGCUUAGGUGGUACAGUUGCAUGCUGGGAAAGAAGUGUAGCCUGGCACCUUUGAAAGAUGAGCUACUGAAACAAGGGGUACCCAAAGUAACACACACCGAGUUCUGUCAAGGUCGGACCAUGCGCUGGGCCCUGGCUUGGAGUUUCUAUGAUGAUGUACCUGUGCCUUCUCCUCCCUGUAAGAGGCGUAAGCUGGAGAAAGCCCGUAAGGCCCUCACCUUCACUGUACUGAAGCCCACCGUGGCAGAGCUCCAGACGCAGGCGCCCAGCAUCGGCUGCACCAACACCAGCCCCACAGAUAGUGUGUCUGCCUGGCUGGAGAAGAUCCUCACACACCUGAAGGUACUUCAUAAGCGGGUUCCUUGUGGAGAGGCGGAGCUCAGCCUCUUCCUGACAGCAGUGGAGAACACCUGGAUCCAUGCGCGGCAGAAGAGACGAGAACAGGGACGACAUCUCCGAGAGCUCCCUAGAGCACAACCGACCUCCACCUGUAGCACUGAUGCUGCCGCUCCAUCUCUCCCUGACACAGACGCUCCAACACCUGCACCAGAGGAACCCACAGCAGAGGGCAGCAACGCGAAGGAGAGAGAUGAGCAGCAAGACCUAGAGAAAGGUGCCAACGUCCCAAUGGAUUCCCCCACCGAACCACAGGAGGCGGCCGUUGGCGAUCCUCAAAACCCUGAGACAGUACAGUGCUUUCUCUUCAAGUGCCUGGUGAACGUGAAGGAAGAAGAGAACGAUGUGGUGGUGGAGAUGCAUUGGGUGGAAGGGCAGAAUAAAGAUCUGAUGAACCAGCUCUGCACUUGUUUGAAGAACUCUAUCUUUCGACAGGGAGCCAAACCUACCUAACACCACACAGGCUUUAAGCUUUCCUCCCCACCUUCCAACACUUACCACUGUCCAAAGUGCUGUGAACCAUACAACUGGUAAAGCUGCAAAUUAACCAAAACUCCAGAUUGACAGAUGUUUUAUUAACCACUGAUUGAUUUUGUGAUCAGACCUUUUAUAAAGUUUGUAAUAAAAUAUUUUAAACAUUUUUUAUAGUUAGUGUUUUUGUCACUUUGGUUAAAUGCACACUAAUGAAUCUUAUUUAGGAUGUUAUUAUUUGUUU